AUGUUGGACAUGAUACAGGCCCUGGACGAGACUAGGGUGCAGGGCCUGGGCUCUGACAUGGACAAGAAACACAGAACCAGUACAAGGAACGAGGAAGAAGGAGCCUGCACUAGUGACAUGGAACUCCGGAACCAGAAUCUGGACAAGGACCCAGCACCCGGGUCUCGGAUGGGAGUCGGGACCCGGGUCUUGGAUGGGAGUCGGGACCCGGGUCUUGGAUGGGACUCGGGACUAGGAUCUUGUACACAAAGACAAAGAGGAAACUCAAGCUCACAACCACUCUCUCUGUUUGGUUUUGGGAUUACUGAAUUGUCACACAGGCCACGCUGUGAGAAACAGCCAUCAAGAACAGAAGGAGCAACUCCAGGUAGACAACAGGUGGCUGAGGCUGAGAAUGCCACAUUCUUCACGAAGGAAGAGCUCAACAAACUGAAGUCCGACUUUGAAACAGGUGGUGUGGAAAAGGUUACAUCUCUGAUAGAGCAGAAGCUAUCAGAACUGGACAAGACAGAGCUUAACAUCACAGUGACAGGAGAAGCAGGUACAGUAAAAUCCACCUUCAUCAAUGCCAUGAGAGGACUUCGAAACAGUGACGAUGGAGCUGCUAAAGUUGGGCUCACUGAAACUACAAUGGAACCAACCAAAUACCCACAUCCCAAUUUCUCCAAUGUCUGCUACUGGGACCUGCCAGGGAUCGGGACCACAAAAUUUCCAGCUGAUAAAUAUCUCAAGCAAAUGAAAUUUGAAAAAUAUAAUUUCUUCAUCAUAAUAUCAGCUGGUCGUUUCAAAGAAAAUGAGACAAAACUUGCGAAAGAGAUUAAACGUCUCAGGAAGAAAUUCUAUUUUGUCCGCAGCAAGAUUGAUGCUGAUUUUGAUUCAAUGAGAAAAGGGGGGAAGGAAGUUAAUGAGGAAAAAGAACUGAAACUUAUUCGGAAUAACUGCUGCAAGUAUUUGAGGGAAGCGGGGAUUCAAACCCCGGCUGUGUUCCUGAUAUCCAGUUUUGAACAGGAUCGAUAUGAUUUCAAUUGGUUAAAUAAAGCACUUGAAGAUGAACUGCCAAUUAUAAUGAAAAGUAUCUUUGUCCUGGCCUAUCCAAACCGAAGUGUAGAGAUUAUUCAAAAGAAAAAGAAAAUGCUGCAGAAACGUAUCUGGAUGUUGGCAACACUUUCGGGAGCUGUGGGAGCAACCCCCAUUCCUGGUCUCUCUGCUGCCUGUGAUACCAGCAUACUGAUUGGGGCAAUAACCGAUUUCCGUAAAUGUCUGUGUCUGGAUGAAGCUUCUCUUCAAAGACUGGCCAACAUCACAGAUAAAUCUGUGGAAGAGCUUAAGGCAGUAGUUAAAACUUCCCUGCUGCGGGAAAUAAAUACAAAUAUAAUUGUGAGGUUAGGUUGGGGAGCUACAGUUGUUUCCCUUUCAGCUUUGGAAGUUGGUCUUUACUCCAUCCCUGUCAUUGGUUCCAUUUUUGGAGCAGGAUCAUCAUUUCUCAUGACCUAUAAAAUACUGACCAAUGCACUGGAAGACCUUACAGAGAGUGCAGAGAGGGUGGUGAAGUUUGCAUUUGGCAUCAAUUAACCAACAUCAAUAAAAUGAGUUAAUAUCUUUCUGUGGAUGAAAUAUUUAAGAGGCCUGUCACUAAAGCCUGCUGUAAUUCUACAUGACAAUUUUCCUCUUUAUUGAUUUCCUUUCUGAAUUAUUGCUUAUCCAUUUCUGAGGAACACUUGUGCCUGACCGAGGGAGUGCGACUCCGUUAAAGAAGACAUGAAACAGGUUCACAUAAAUGACAUGUGAUCCUAAUUUGAAGAGGAGCCGAGAAGUUAUCUCCAAGUGUCUGAAUGAUGCUCACCUGUCAAUCAAUAGCCCAGUGUCAGACUGUGUGGACAUUAUAAGGUCACAGUGUAUGCAGUAUUGCUGUGUACAAACUAGUGGCUGUGUCUUCCCUUCAAUAUCUAUAAAGAUCUGAUUGUGACAUCAUAAAAGGUCAAUGGAAAGGCACUUCAGGAAGUCAUUAAAAAAUGGCUCCAAACUGAAGCACAUUUAAAAGAGUUGUUGAAAUCACUAUAUCAAAUGAAACAGCAGACAGAGACACAAUUGAGUUGCAUCCAGGAAUGAAAGUGAAUGUCAACAAAAUUGCAGAAACCAGACUGACCAAUCGAAUUGUGUGACCAUUGUGGCAUUGACUUACAUACACCAGACCAUUACAGGAUUAAACAUGAAACUUGUAGAAAAUGCAACAAAGUAGGUCACAAAGCAUGUCUGGCCCUCAGACAUCCAACUAAGAACUUAUACUGGAGAAAAGAUAACUCCAGUUGGAGUGACAAUUGUAACAGUGAGAUGCAACAACCAACAAGCCACAUUGGGUUUGUAUGUGGUAAAAACAGGAGGGUCAGCAUUGUGGGGAUAAGUGGCUGAGACAACUAUAAUUUGACUGGAGAUAUAUCCACCAUUUGCAUGCCACAUCCUCUGCCAUAGGGUCAACAGGAAACGAAUUGAGAAAAGUGCUGGAUGAUGCCACAGCAAUGUUCAAGGAUAGCACUGGAAAACUCAGACAGUCUAUUUUCUACUACUACUAUCUAAGUCUAUCUACUCAGACACUAUUUUCAACAGUGAAAUAGUGUUAUGCCACACAAAGUGUUACAAAGCCCAUCUGGUUCCUUUUACCAUUCAUGAUAAAGGAUUCAGUGAACUAGAUCAGCUGGAGACUAUCUAAAUAUUUUCAAGGUUGAGUGGAGCCCAUGGGCAACAGCAGUAGUUCUAGUAGACUAGAAGAAUGGGUCUAACAGGAUCUGUGGUGAUGUUAAGGUCACCACCUACCCAGUCCUGAAAGUAGAUCAAUGCCCUCUGCCCAGGAUAGAGGAUAUCUUUGCAAACCUUUCUGGAGGGAAGCAUUUCAGCUGUGAACUUCACAGAGGCCAACCAACAGAUGGCGACAUCAGACACCGUGCUCACACGUUAUGAUCUAUAUCAUCCACUGAAGCUUGCCUGUAAUGCCUCACCUUCUGGUACAGGUGUAGUCAUAUCAACUGUUAUGAGUGAUGGAAGUGAAUGCUCCAUAGCCUUUGUGUCACGUUCUCUGAUCACUGUAGAGAAAAUAAUGCACAGAUUGACAAAGGGGCCUUGAGUCUGGUUUGCAGUGUAAAACAGUACAACCACUACCUGUAAGGGAGAGAGUUUACCAACCACUGGUGUCCAUUUUCAAUCCACUGAAGGAUAUUCCACCAAUAACAGCAGCACAAAUGCAAAGAUAGGCCCUGACUAUUGGAGGACACAAUUACAAGAUUUAAUUCAAGAGGAUGACAAAUCAUGCAAAUGCUGAUGGAUUGUCCUGUUUACGCUUGGAAAAGGAACUACCUGAAAGCAAUUUAGAAAAGAGGACACUUCUCUUCAUUAAGACAAAGCACAUCUGUACUGCACCACCCAGCUACAAAUGGCUUUGUGGAAAGGUUUGUCCAGAGUCUAAAGACUGCACUGCGAUCAAUGUCAGCAGAACACACUAUUCUCACACUGAAUCUGCUAUCGAACACAUGUGGCAGCUCACUGGUUGUUCAAGAGGCAAGAAAUCCAACUAAAAACAUAGCUAAUUACCCCUUUUCUGAAGUAAGUUGUGGUAAAUUAGCACCACAAACAAUGUAGAGGAACGUGAAGGCGAAGUGUAUUUGCGAGAUGAACUGUACUGGUAUGUUGUAGAAUUGACCCUAAUGCAGUUAGCCAUUCAGAGAGGAGAUGCUGUGGCAGGGAAGUUUCGAUGCCUGUACGACUGUCUGAGUUGCAAGGUUGGAUUGCUCUGGGCACCAAGCCAAUUGGACAAAUCUGGAGUGGCUUUGGGCUGGGCCCGGAGCCUUUCAUUGAAGAUUUGCCUGGGUCCUAGUGCGAAGUAUGAUACACUGUUUGGACAAUUUAAACACCGUCCCAGAUAUGCUGGAAAGACAGGGUGUCAGGAUCGGAGGUAGAGCCAAUAUUACUCACUCUCCCGUGAUGCCCACUCCUCUCCAUGCUGCUGAGGUUAUGAAGAUUGCCCUGGCUGAUGUGCUCUGUACCCGCUAAUAUAAUGAACUGAUACCGAGGCUUUGGGCCUACUGCGGGCUGCUCUGGGGGUUGGAGCGAAGGACUCAUUUUGGUUCAGAACGCUGUUGCUCUCUUCUCAUGUUUGCAUGAUUUGUGUUUUGUUUUCCCUCUCUCUGUGCACCAGGCGUUGGUCUUUAUCUGAUUUUCUUUUCAUUAGGUUCAUUUGGGUUUCUUGCUUUGCGGUUGCCUGUAAGCAAACAAAUCUCAAGAUUGCAUGAUUCAUACAUGCUUUGAUAAUAAAUGUACUUUGAAACUUGAUUUAGAAAUUCACCAAUUUCGUCCUUGCAUAUCGUAAUGCAACACACUUCACAACCAACAACUCACAAGUUAUUGGAUGUCUAUACAGGAGUUGUAUUCUGCAGUAAACUGUGUGUGUGUGUCUGUGUGUGUGUUUGAAUAAUAUUGCAAAUAUAUUGUUUGACUAACCAUUCUAUGUUUUAUUUAAUAAUCAAUUAAUAAUUAGUUACAGGUUAUAUGUUACAGUGGAUGAAUGUCAUACAACAUCACAUCACCACGUCAUAAGUGCCCGCCUCAAUAAAAUUAAAACCGAAGAGUAAACAUUUGUCACCGUCUUCCCGUGUUUUUCUUUUGAUUAGUUUUAUGUUUUCGAGUUACAAAAUAUAACAGUGUUGUUCCUCCAACCUGAGUGUGGCCUCAUCAUGGCACUAGAGGAGGCCACGGACAGUCAUUUCGGAAUGGGAAUGGGAAGUUGAAUUGAAAUAGGUUAUCACCGGUAAAUCCCACAUUUAGUGAUAGACAGAACAAAGGUCCUCGACAAAAUGGUUCCCAUUCUACAUUAGGUUUCUCUCAUGUACAAGAGGCCACACUGUGAGUACCCGAUGCAGUAGAUGACACUGACAGACUAGCAGGUGAGGUGUUGUGUCACCUGGAAGGACUGAUCCUCCCUGAAUGGUGAUGAGGGAGGAGGUGUAGGGGCAGGUUUAGCUUGCCCGUUUGCAGGGAUAAGUUGUAGCAGGGAAAUCAGUGGAGAGGGAUGACUGGACAAGGUAGGCGUGUAAAGACCAAUCUCUAUGGGUAGGAUGUGGUGGGGUCUAGUGGUAUAGAA